UCUUAGCGAAAGCUAUUUUAUUGGUUUUCAUCUACAAUGAAGCUGUUCGUCCAGUUGCAUGUCGAACUACUGAUCAAGUAACCAGUGAUAGCGACUCGUACGUUCCAUCAGGAUCAGACUUGAACAGUGCCUUAUGUCUGCAUUGGAUUUCUGAAGAGGCUGCGCUCUUCAUGGGGUAUGAACCACUGGAGGGGGUCCCAAAUAGAGAAACUUACAAAUGUAAAAUGGAAAAAUUUAGCCCAGCAGCUGAACUCCAAAUUGUAAAAAUAAAGAAAGAAGAUAAACACUUUGUUCACCUGCAAAUAAAAGUUCAGAAAUGGACCAGAGCCAUCCCGGUGGCUACAUACUGCACGUUCCAGGGAUACCAGGACAGUCUCGAUCACGGUAAAUACGCCACUGACACAGAGCUCUCCAUCAGGAAAGAUAGCUAUGAAGGGAAUAUCUUUGUGAUGCUCAUGACGUAUACCAAGCAAAUAAAGAGACACGAUGGAAUAUUACUGAAAGACUUUGUUGACCGGAUAGUGAUGCAAGAAGAUACACGUGGCUUUCCUAAGGUCAGAAGAAAUCAAGAAGGUACAAGAUCUUAUUCAGAACGGGACGAUGUGCCAGUUGAUGAAAUUUGUACAGUAAAGACAACAAGCGAACCUAUAAAAAAAAAUUUUAUCCCAUCAAAAAAAUUUUGGAUUUGGGGAUAGUAAGGGAAUGUGAGGAUACACGACAUCAACUGUAAUUUUUUAUCGGAUCAUAAUAUAUUCUUCUGAUUUU